AUGAACAACUCAACAUGUCGUCUUCAACCAUCAUCUGCUUCUUCAGUAGCUCUGCCAAUCAUCUAUUCUUUUCUAUUUACUACAGGCAGCUUUGCAAACAUUUUCUCUGCAUGGGUGUUUUCGAGGUAUGCAUCUCCAAAAAGAACACAGCACAUCUACUUGAUAAAUCUCAUCACUGCAAAUUUACUUAUGUGUAGUAUUAUGCCUUUUCUGGCUGCCUAUUUUGCAAAAGGAUAUCUGUGGAAGUAUAAAUCUGGAAUAUGUAAAAUAGCAAGUGAUUUUGGAACUCUGGUUAUACAUGUCAGCAUGUAUGUCAGCAUUACAAGUUUAUGUUGGACAGCCGUAAAUCAGUAUGCAACUCUGAUGAAACAUAAUGACCACACACAGUAUUCACAGUCCAUUAAUGAAAACACCUUUUAUUGGCAAACACUGAAAAAGUUUCGUCAGCCAAAAUUUGCCAAGUAUUUGUGCAUCAGCAUAUGGCUUACUGCAUUAUGUGUAACUAUACCAAUUAUAGUGUAUAUUUCCCACUCAGGAACAGAUCAAGAAGAUAUAUGCUAUAACAUGAUUGUGGAAUAUGGAGAAGGUACUACAAAGACUAUAGUUCUCAUUGCUACCACAUGUUUUUUUUUAUUGUUUAUAGCAGUGUUGUUAUUAUACUAUUCCCUUGUCAAUCAUCUGAGUAAGAUACAAAAAAAUACUUGCAUUGAAAAGAAGCAUCUAAUUCACAGGACAGUCAAAAGAAACAUUUUGAUCAUCCAGAUCAUAUUAGCUGUCUGUUUUCUUCCAUACCAUAUUUUUAGGCCAGUUUUCUAUCUACUGCAUAGUUCAGAAGACUGCCAGAGGUUGAACUCAUUAAUAGAAACAAAAAAUUUCCUUACUUGUCUUGCUGUUGCAAAAAGUAGUUUAGAUCCUAUGGUAAGUCUCCUGUUAGAUAAAACAUUUAAGACAACUCUCUAUAAUCUCUUUAGAAAAACUAGCCCACAACAUCAGAGACAUUCAGGUGAUAAUUACCUUGAAGAUACCACUCCAAUAUGAAAGAAUAAGUAGAAAUCUUAUUGUACACACUUGAUGAGGGUGGAUGCAGUAGCAUUAUUAUAGGGGGAAACACUUAUGGGCAAUUUAAUUUUGCAUGUUAUGGAGUUCUUAUACUUGUAUUCAUGGUGUCAGGAUCUGAAGACUAGGUCACAGUCAGUCUGCCCCAGCUGGGGUAACGAGAUAAGCAUCUGGAUGAAUUAGCCUUUGCUGGAGAGUCUAGCGACACGAACCAGAGGAUUGGGUAUUGGGAGCUUCUACCAGGUAUUUAGGGCUUCACUGGGCAGCAGAAGUACUUCUUACACUUAAUAGCUGGCUGUUUCCCUGGUUCUUCCUUUGGUUUGCUCCUGGUCCCAAAUCAUGGGACUGCCCAGGCACCAGGCAUUACUACGGGAACAAAUUUUUCAUAGGGUUGUAUUAGUAGGGUUCGAUUUUCAGAACUGACAUAGUUUUCUUGUGUCUUAUGCUGACUGUAUUGCAGAGAGUCUGGGGGGAGAUUGUACAAGUUAGACUGUACAUCAACAACACAAUAUAACGGUGACAGCUAACCUAUGCCGAUGGGUAAGCUAUAAAUACAGGAAGAGUUGUGUAAGUGGGGAUGAAGUACUUGACUGGUGUGCAGGAAAAGAUAUGCUGUUUUAGAUGUCUUUUGUAAUCUGAGCUAGGAUUCUCUAUCAAGUGCAGCAAC